UGCUGAAGGUUAUAUAUUAGACUUAGUGGGAGUGGGGAUUUAGUAUAGCAAGCAAGUUCUGUAGAGUGUUUCCUUUGUUGAUUUCACCUAUGCCAAGAUGCAUCGAGAAAUAGAGGCAGCAGUCACCUUCCUUGUGAAGAUUCUGAGCUUAAAGUGGUGUGUGAAGCCUGAGAAACUGGUGGUUUUGGCAGAGAACAUGGCACGUCUCUUGAAUAAGAAAUACCAAGGCCACUGGUACCCAGACAAACCUGACCGGGGACAGGCUUACAGAUGUAUCCGCAUCAAUCCCUGGCAGUAUGUGGAUGAGUCCUUGCUUCUGGCCUGUGCGAUGAGUGGCCUAGACUACUCAAGACUUCCUCUAUGGGACGAGAUGACCAUUUGGAUUGACCCUUUUGAAGUCUGUGGCAGGUUUGGGGAGAACACUGACUUCUUCACAAUAGCAUCCUUCCAAAAUGAGGUGGCAGUCAAAGAAUACAAGAGGAAGCAUUCAGAGCAGACUUCUGAUUAUUCCUCAGAUGGACCUUCCUCUGGGACUGUUUCUGAGAACUCAUCUGAUGACGAGACAGCUGGGGAGAAGGCUACACCCUCAAAGAACAUGAGUAGUGUCCUCAUAGCGGAUGACUGUAUUGCUAUACCUAGCAAUGGACCUCUCAUCCCAAACACAGGGUCUCUGGUGAAUGUUGUAUGAAUGUCAUCCAAGGACAUGGGCCAAGAUGCCUGGAUUGUAGAUGCCUCCUACUUAGACUGUAUACAAGACAAAUGGCUCAGAAGACUGCCAGUACUAGAACCAAAAUGGCACACACAGUGGUGGAAUCUCGUCUUUCUUAUAAUGGUGAUACAGUGCCACUGUUAUCUAGGGGCUUCUCUCAGCUGUGCAACUGAUUGACCUAAAUGGCACUAGAACAAUUUUAAAUUUUAUUUUAACUUUUUUUUUUUAUCCUCUUACCCCUAUGCACAGCUUUCUUAGGAUUGUGUUCCCUUUACAGAAGCAUAGAUGGAUCUUGAUCAGUCACUUCAGUGUGACUUGAACCCUCUAAAAUGUUGCACUUCAUUUGAUGAAAAUGUCAGGACAGGAAUAUAUCCUGUGAGUAAGGUUCCCUUCAGUUAAGUAUAAAUGUAUAAAUUGAGUGGACUUAUGUACAAAAUAGAUGUUAUUUAUACAACAGCAGAUCCUACUUAAACUUUGACCACUAGAGGGUGUUCUAUGAAGUCUCUAAAGUUCUUCACUAGAUGGACGUAAAUCAUGAGACCUCGCCAUAUGUUUAAAUGCAGAUCAGCGUUCCAUACGCACACUAAAUCUUUUUACUGUAAGGGAAUGGAAAUUGCCACUUUCUCGUGAUAGGGAAUAGAUAGUUUUAUCACUAUUUUAUAUGAAGUACUUGCAUGUUUUAGCUAUCUGGACAUGUGGUCAGUGAACUUGUUGAAGGCAUGCCUUAUUGUGAACCUUCCAGGUGUCACUUUGAUCCCAGCAUCCUCUGUUUCAGGGAAUAGCACUUUUUAAACUGGAGGGUUAAAUGCACAACAUGCCUGAACCUUUUAUUUUUUUAAAUUUCAGAUUUUGUCCUGCUAACUUUUUAUAGGUUAGUCAAGUUCUAGAACAGUUAACUCUUACAAUUCCUCCCUCUGAAUAUGAUGGUUACUUUUAUAGAUUGACUGCUGGGUUUAAGGUGGCCAUACACUAUAAGAUCCGCUCCGGCUGAGCGUUAUCGGGUGAAUCUGAACAUUCGGCAAUACUACGAAUGGGCUCAGACGGGUCGCAGGACCGCAUCAACUAGCCAAUGUGUUCCUGGAUCGUACAAAACAUCAAACUUAACUGAUUGAUAUCUGGCUGAUUUUUUGGCCUGAUGUCGAUCUGGAGGACCCGUCAGAGAUAAGAUGCCGAAUUAAAGGACCGAUAUCUGCAGCUUUAAUCUGCCCUUGUAUGGCCACCUUAAAUGGAACUCUUGACAGAUGUUCCUUAUCGAAUGUAAACGGCUUUCCUAAAAUCUGAAGAUUUGGAAUCUGAGGCAGGAUUCCAUUUAAACUGCAGUCUAACCAGGGGAAUAUCUUCUUUCCCUGAAGGCAGUAACGUAACUAGAGUGGGACGGGCCCUGAUGCCUGACGCGCAGCCGGGCCCCGCCCCCUCCGCACACAAUUUUCGGACUGCAUUUUAGUGGCGCACGGGCUGCCGGGGGGCCCUGAGGGGGUGCGGGCCCGCUCGCACCCCCUGCUCCCCCGGUAGUUCCGCCACUCCCUGUAGGUUAAAGAGUGGGGCGUUAAAGCACUGACAAACACCCAACUUGGCUUCUGUUAAGGUGGGCAUACACGGACAGAUUUAAGCUGCUGAUUCGGGUCCUUUAGAUCAAUUCUGCAUCUUAUCUGCCUGUGUAUGGGGACCUCCAAUGAGCCUCCCCCAACUGAUAAUCUGUCCAAAAAUCGGUCAGAUCUCAAUCGGGCUUGAUUUUUUUGUCGGAUCGAGAACGGCAUUGGCUCAUUCAUGUGGUCCUCGCUGUGACUUUUCAUAGUACCUUCAUUAUGAUGCAAUUGUUUAGCCCAGGGCUAAAGGGUUGCAUUGGCACAACAUUGCCCACCCACCUUGCCAAAUGAGCGAAUUUUACCAUGUCUUUUGUUUCAUAGUGAGUGUAAAUAUUUUUGGGAGUGUAUAGGGACCAUAAACUGUGCACUUAAUAUAUAUACUGAGCUGUUAUCUGGGUUUCCAAUGGUAGUAAAACGGCUAUUGUUCAACCUUAAGAGCAGAAGUACAAUGGUAGCCAUUUGAGACAUGGGUUGCAUUUUUUUUUUUUUUUUGGCGAACAGGAACCAGGAUACAGAUUAAUUUGGGCUGAGUCAACUCUUUAAGUUCUGGAUAAAGAGUUGAGCACUAAAGGUAAGAUGAGCCCCCCUCCUCCCUUUUUUACAAUCUGCUUCUGUUAAACUGGUUAACUGGUUUGCCAAGUGUCCCCACAGUCUGAACCUACUAAGCACUUCAAACAAGAUGCAGCAAAUCCCGUAAGACUAGGUAAAGCUGAGCUUUCUAACAGCAAAGGGCUUGUGUUCUUAUUUCUUUGAAAAGUUUUUCUAGAAUUUAAACUUGUAUUUACACUGCAGGUGCCACUCUACUGAUGGCUUGUCAAAAUUACCGGCUGUAUCAGCUCCAAUGGGUUUAAGCAAACUGUUUUGGCACCUGUACUUUGGAUUAAAUCUUAAAACCAAA